UGGGGGUUUAUCACCGUCUCCACCGGACUAGCCCGUAAUAUCGACGACAUAAAAAUACGAGCGAUAUUAAAAUGACGACAUCAGCCUUCUGUGUGAAUUCAUUGAUAAAUGGAGGAGAUAACGUGACUGUGGCUGCCUUAAAAGGCGCCGUCCAAGCAGAUUUACAUUCGUCUAUCAUUCACGGAUCGUCGAAAUGCUCGUUGACACCGAAAUUUGCGGAUACAUCGAUCCAGGCGGCGUCGGUGGUGACGGCGACCACGGGCAAUGGACUGGCGACGACGCCUCAGGUGUCAACAGCAGCGAACAUGUAUCAUCUACAAACUGACCAAAAUACCAGCUAUGCAUCCCCUUGGUUUUAUCCCGCCGAACACCAUGCUUACUCAACCAUGCCCGUUCCCAUGUCGGCUGUCGCAGACGACUUCGACAACUCGGCCUACUCAUACGCCAUGGGUGGACCAAAAAACUUUGAAUCAGGACUGAUGGCUGCCUCUGGAGGUGGAUUCUACUCGAUCGGACGGCAUCAAGCCUAUGAUAGAUAUCCCAACCAUGCUAACUCCGUGUACCAUCACACUGCCGCUGCAGUCUCACACACGGGACCCUUACCUGUAAGCCUUACCACCGCCGGGACUCUGGCGACGAAGUACAUCACCAGCGAUGGUGGUGGUGGAGGUGGAAACACGAGUCCACACGCUACAACGCACACCUUACUUGACGAGAAGCACAAAUACAUCACCAGUGGCGGGUAUAACGGGUACAACUGCCCCAAAGACGCCCAAGCAACUACCAAAUCUGCUGCGCAAAGAUCGGUGGAGAUCAGUCCAACUUACCCCUCAACGGGCUCAGCUGGUGGUUCACCGGUUACAGUCAUUCACAGUAAAGACUCGCCUGAAUCAGAUAUGAAAGAAAAUGACGUCAUGGAUGAUUGUGAUGGUAAGAUUUGUUUAUGUAUAUCAUUUUGCAUGACAGAGAAGCAAGGAAGAUAUAUAUUUUUAUUAAUUGUAAGAAAAAAAAGAAUUAUUAUUCAUGAUUAAAGUAUAUUGUUUAUAAAAGCAAUGAUAUUAUAAAUUAGAGCGAGGGCUUAAAACAAGAAAUAAUAUAAUGGGUCAUCAAUAAAAUGAGACAGUUUUGAAAUAGGGCAUAAACAUUAAAGCGUAAAUGUUAAAUUAGUAAUCAUGAAUUGCACCUAAUUAAGCCACUUACUAUGUUAACUUUGAAUUAAUUUUAAAUAAUUUAUGGGGAAGGAUGUCAUCUAAUCAUGCUCGACUAUACAAUUUUGAUUUUUUUCUGAAAAUUACAACUAAUAAUGGUGGGUGACAAGUCUGGAGUAAAGUGGUAAGCUGAAGAGAGGGAGAGGGGGGGGGUGUAUGGAUGGGGGGAAAGGGGAGAAGAUGAAUGGAGCGUCGGGCAAUAAAAUAGCUAAUUUCAAUGACGAUUAAUCUCGUAUAAAAAUUAAUGUUUGUAAUAUGAAAAAAAAAAUCAGGUAUUCCCAUGAAAAUGUUUCUUCAGUUACAUAUAAAAUUCUGAAAACAAGAAAAAAAAAAUUGUCCACAAAACGAUACUGGUAAUAUGUAAACGGUUCACCUGAGUAUAUGGGAUACAUGGAAAUUUAAUUGCUGGAUCCGUAAAAGUUAAGAAAGGUUAACUUACGGACUAACUUUAAAACAACAAUGUUUAUAAAUAAAUCUUUGAAGGUUUCAAUAGUAACAGAACCUCUGGAAGAAGAAAGAGUCUUCUUAAAAAUAUUAACUGGCUGCUGAAAUAAGGCAUGGACAAUUCGAUGGAUUGAUAUGAAUGAGAAGGAAUAUUUACCAUCAACCCAACACUUUUGUUAUGCAUAGGCCCUAAAAGAAAAUAUAGCCGUGUUGUAUUUUUUUUUCAAAACACAUACACACGUGGGUAUCAAUAAUGCAUAAAGUAUUAUUUUAUGUGAGGCAAGAUAAAAGAGCAAUGUAUAGAAACACACUUUGGUCAAGGGCCGAGGGAGUAUAUAAACGAUCUUAGUUCCAGUACACAUUCCGAAAAAUAUACGUUGUAACCGACUUCCCUUACAAAUACAGUUACACGAAAUUGUUUUCCUGAAUAUUCUUAUUCGAAACCUUCAACGCCAAGGUGAAGUCCAUCUAAGAUGGAAAUAAAGAAACCAAACAAGCAUACCACUUGAAA